ACCAAAAAGAUUGAAUCUUGCGAACUCCUACCUUUCGCUGCUCCUUUCUCUAUGACGCUGGAGGAGGGAUUAGACGCGUCCAACCUCUCAUCUCACCAUGGGAACCACCACCAUCAUCAUCUCAUGGACUGGCUGGAGGAUUCCAUCUCCUUCCUCCCCACCUUUCCCAAUGAGCUUUACUCUGUUCCCGAAGAAAUCGCCCACUGCCAGUGGUGGGUUCAAGACCAAAACCAGCCUUUGACCGCAGCCGCUGCCGUCGCGGCAGUCGCCGAAGCACCGUCUAUCGCCAUCGUGACAGCCAAGCCCGAACCUCUCCCAGAGAUGCCCAAAGCAGAAUUGCCCAAAAAACGCAAACUUGCGGCAAGGCAAACGGCCGGCGUAUUUGAAGAGGACCGUAAGCCGCAGGUGAAUAACGGAUCGAAGAAAGGGCACGGACGAGGUAGCAUGUCAAACUCCGGCAGCGGCGGUGGCGCGAGCAAAGAGGUGAGGUGGGCGGAGCAGCUUCUGAAUCCUCUAGCAGCGGCAAUAGACGCGGCGAACCUCUACCGCGCACAGCACCUUAUCUGCGUCCUCCAGGAACUCGCUUCGCCCACCGGCGACGCCAAUCACCGCCUCGCCUUCUACGGCCUCCAAGUCCUCUCCCGCAACUUCACAUCUUCCUUAUCUUCGCCGUUGAACUACGCGUCAACGGACCCGCGGCUUUUCCGCUCGGCUCUGAUAAAGUUCCACGAAGUAAGCGCGUGGUUCGCGUUCCCCAACUGCCUGGCGAACGCGGCGAUCCUUCAGGCGAUGGGUGGGCGAGCCGGGCCGGUGAGGAGUGGGAGUCUUCACGUGGUGGAUGUUGGAGUUUCACAUGGAUUGCAGUGGCCGACCCUAAUGGAAGCACUGACGCGGCGUGGGAUGGGACUCGUGGGACAGGGGAUGGUGAAGCUGACGGUGGUUGAAACAGGGUCGGGAGGUCCGUUCGGGUCGGCACCGGCGGGUUACGAUUUCGUCCCGCAGUUGAUGCGGUACGGUAGGUCGAUAGAUUUGAAUUUGAGGGUGGAGAGAGGGGAAGUAGGGAGGGGGCCGGGGAAGGAGACAGUGGUUGUGUGUCUGCAGUUUCGGGCCGGGCGGGUCGGGCCAGGGUUUUGGAAGGCGGUGAGGGAGAUGGAACCGGACUUACUGGUUUUGACUGAGAUGGAAGAAGGCAGGGGACGGGGAGAAGGAAAAGGGUUUGCAAGGAGAGCGGAGAUGUUGUGGGGGUUUUUAGAGUCGACGAGUGUGGCGUUUAAGGGGAGAGAUAGUGAGGAGAGGAGAGUGGUGGAGGGGGAGGCGGCGCGGCUGUUGGAGGAGGAGGGGGAGGAAGGGGAAGGAUGGGGGAACGAGAGGUGGAAGGAGAAGAUGGAAGGAGAAGGGUUUAAGGAGGAAGGGUUUGGGGAGGAAGCUGUGGAGGCGGGAAGAGCAUUGUUGAAGAAAUAUGAUGGGAAUUGGGAGAUGAAGAUUGCUACUGAUGGGGCGGUUGGAUUGUCUUGGAAAGGGCAAAGUGUCUCCUUUUGUUCGCUGUGGAAGCCGGCUUAUAAGACGACGGCGGGUGUUCUUAGCAGUGGAGGAAGAAGGCAUUAGUUUCAGCUUCUUCUGCUUAAAAGAUGGAUGUUCUUCGUCUGCUAUUCGGCUCUCUGUUCAUCUCUCUCUCUCUCUCUCUCUCUCUCUCUCUCUCUCUCUCUCAUUCUCUGCAAUGUGCGCAGAGUUGUUUGUACAGUAACGAGUUCUUUCUUUUGAUCCGGCUAGUUGAUUAGCAUCUAACUAGAACAACUGAAUUGCUAGAAAAUAUGUGACGAUAUGAUCGAUGGCAUUUUUCAUUCUCUACUAGAUAAAAACUUUUACUUGCAUGAUGAGUAUGUGAUGUGGUAUAUUGAGGAAGUAGCAGGUGAGAACAAAGAACAGAUAAAUGGUUUAACUUUAAAUGUACUGGAAGUAGGCUAUACUGAAAAUAACUCUAACAGAAUA